AUGAGAGGAAGAACUGAACGUAAACCAUUGGGCGCCAAAGACACCAAUAUCCAUGGUGUUUCGCGGUCUACGUCCCCAUACAAAUUCAACAGCUCCAAGUCGCGCUCCGGAUCUCUGUCGCCUAUUCGGUUGGACAAAUCGUCUCCUUCAAAGUUUGACAGCAGCGAGUCGCUCGCCUCUGGAUUGGUCAGACUCUCGCCAGGCAAAAGGCCAUCUGGAGGGCUGAACUCGCCAACAAAGAAGCAUAGAGCGCACAAAGAGUUCCAAAUUUACGAGGAUCAGACGAACUACAGGGAUGCUCUUGACUCGCUCGAGUCAAUGGCAGUGACAAACGUGGAGAACAAGGAGAACGAGAACCCCCGCAACAACGUGUCUAAAGAUAUCGAGAACCGUUCGCCACAACGGUUGUCUACAAAACGUUCCGCAUUGACAGAUUUGCGGAUCCACCAGUUUCCGGGCUAUAUUCAGACUUUUGAGACCAACGAGGCUGGAAGAACAGGGAUUUUGGCUCCAAAGCACCAGCUCACACAGGGAUUUAUGAUAAACACAGCUGGGGUAAACACUUCGACCAAAAGGACUGCUGUUCCGUCGUUUGUGACGCCGCCUAAGAAGAACCGCAUCCAUUACAAGUACAUCGAGUCGCUCAACAAGGUCGACCAGACCAGACCCGUGCGGUCGCGCACAGACCUUGACGUCCACGAAGUGCGGAAACUCACUUUCGACCUGCAUGACGACUCGAUAGCGAGAUACCAAGACGCGCAAAAAAAAUAA